UAAUCAUGAUAACGGUUGGCUCCAUCUCAUCUCCGUUAUGUCCCGCGGUGAUACGGACACAAUCUAUAUUUGAUCGAGCAGGUAAACAUCGGUCAAUUUCUCUACCGACAACCGUACGAAUAACGCUUAACGAUUUGGAACGUCCCGGGAUCCCCGCUGAAACAGCUGCACCGUUCGUGAGAUUCAUUCAUCUGAUGCGAGCCAGCGAAGAGUACUGGACGGUUUUCCACGCUGACGUAACAGAUAUUACAAUGCAACGAGAAUAGAUGUUCAGUCGGUUUGUGAGCGGUUCAAUACUGUACAGCGAGCAGGGGGCAGGAAAACAAUGAUGCACCUCAGGAACGUUAUCGACCUCGGCGCUACAUCAUCAACACGAUAACCACCUCAAUGCAACAUCAGCGGAUGCUCGGCUUUUGGGAUUUCCAUUAAUGUCCAACGGAACGGGCUAGCUUGUGCUUGUGGAAGGUUUUCAUCUUGUAUUUUGUUGCAGGAGAGUUGCUGCUGCCCCGUUUCUCUCCCUCCUAUCCGACGUUGUUGUCAAUGAUCAAACAUGGCGACUGUACCAGUAUAUUGCAUCUGCAGAUUGCCGUACGACGUUACUCAGUUUAUGAUCGAAUGUGACGCCUGCAAGGACUGGUUUCACGGAAGCUGUGUUGGUGUGGAUGAGGACGAGGCUCCAGACAUCGACAUCUACCACUGUCCCAACUGUGAGAAGACCGACGGAAAGUCCACCAUGAAAAACAAGAAAAGGAAUAAACAGGACACGGGACAGAGAGGAGACAUCGGAGCUGUUCAGAACGGCAGUCAGGUGUUCAUCAAGGAGCUCCGCAGUCGCACCUUCCCCAGCUCUGAGGACGUUGUGGUGAAGCUGAACGGCAGUCAGCUGACGAUGGACUACCUGGAGGAGGUUGGUUUUAACGAGCCGAUCCUGGUUCUGAAGAAGGACGGUCUGGGGAUGUCCAUGCCCGCUCCUACCUUCUACAUCAAUGAUGUGGAGAACCAUGUUGGUCCAGACGUAGGUGUGGAUGUGAUAGAUGUGACCAAGCAGAAAGACACUAAAAUGAAGCUGAAGGAUUUUGUAGAUUACUACUACAGCACCAGCAGGAAGACGGUGUUAAACGUUAUCAACCUCGAGUUCUCUGACACACGGAUGGACAGUAUAGUGGAGAGCCCUCAGAUUGUGCGGAGGCUGUCGUGGGUAGAGAACUACUGGCCAGACGAUGCUCUCCUGGGGAAACCUAAAGUCACUAAGUACUGUCUGAUCGGUGUUAAAGACAGCUACACCGACUUCCACAUCGAGUGUGGAGGGGCCUCCGUCUGGUACCACGUACUCAAGGGAGAGAAGAUCUUCUUCCUGAUCAAGCCCACGUCAGCCAACCUAUCGCUGUACGAGCGCUGGAGGUCCUCAGCCAAUCACACAGAGAUGUUCUUCGCCGACCAGGUGGACAAGUGUUACAAGUGCACUCUGAAGCAGGGACAGACCCUAUUCAUACCGUCAGGUUGGAUCAAUGCAGUUCUGACUCCAGUGGACACGCUGGCCUUUUCUGGACACUUUGUCCACAACCUGAGUGUUGAGAUGCAGAUGAGAGCGUACGAGGUGGAGAAGCGUCUGAAGGUGAACUGUCUGACUCCGUUCCCCAACUUUGAGACGGCCUGCUGGUACGUGGGACGACACCUGCUGGAGAGAUUUAAAGGGUUACACAAGGCCAACAGACAGCCAGCUCCUUACCUGAUCCAUGGAGCUAAGAUCAUCAACGGAGCGUUCAGGGCCUGGACUAAGAAACAGGCUCUGUUAGAACACGAGGAUGAGCUUCCAGAGAACAUGAAGCCCACGCAGCUCAUCAAGGACCUGGCCAAGGAGAUUAGGAUCUCAGAGAAUGCAGCUAAAGCCAUGAAGAGUGAUUCGAGUAGCAAGGCUCCAGUGGAAGAGGCCCCGCCUGCCCCGGUAGAGCCUGAGGACCCUGCUUCCCCCUCCAGCGACCCCUCUCCGUCCCCUCCUCCCCGCGAGAAACCAGCCAGGAAGAAGGCCUCCAAGCCCCCCAAACCUCCCAAGGUCCCCAAACCUCCCAAGGUCCCCAAAGCGAAGGAGGGAGGGAAGAAGAAAGGAAAGAAAGAAAAGGAAGUCCCUCCUCUUCCUCUUCCUCCUCCGUCGAAGCCCUCCAGCCUGGCAGCUCUGGAGUCUCACGCCAAGGACAUCCUCAGCAAGAUGGACCAGCCCAAGAAGGGCAAGAUGGGGGUCAAGGCGACUAAGAACGUCUUGAGCAUGUCGGAGAAAGACACCUGUAAGCAGAACGACGUGGAGAAGCUCGAGAUCCGGGAACAGCACAAGAAACAGACGGAAGCCAAGUGGAAAUAUAAGAACAGCAAACCAGAUUCCUUACUGAAGAUGGAAACUGAAGAGCACAAGUUUGAGAGGACACCGCUGUCAGGCAACAAAGACAAGUUUUCAUUCUCAUUGACACACAAGAAGCUACUCGGUUCUAAGCUGAAGCCCCAGUCCAACUCCAGUGUGUUCGGCUCGUUACAAAACCUAAAGGAGGACAAGGCCAAGCCGGUGAGAGACGAAUACGAGUACGUGUCAGACGAAGGGGAGCUGAAGAUUGAUGAGUUCCCCAUCAGGAGGAAAAAGAACGCAGUCAAGAGGGACUUAUCCUUCCUGUCAAACAUCAAAGACCCAAUCCACCCAUCCAAGAAGCCAAAGCUCCUCCCCUCUGCUGUCAAGGAACGUGACCUCCUCCCCUCUGAUUCCAGGAAGGCUGACUCGUCAGAUGAGGAGUCGCUCCACAUCGACACAGGGGUCAAGCCGGAGGUGAAAGGUCGUAACUCGAAGGUGAAAAAGAAGACGGGCAGCACUGUGGGCAUCCUGGACCUUCUCCAAGCCAGCAAGGCAGUGGGCGUCAUCGACUACACCACCAACAGUCAGCCACCUGCAUCUCCCAGCACACAGGAGGCCAUUCAGGGGAUGUUGUCUAUGGCCAACCUGUCCUCCGGGGCUACAGCUGAGGCCGCAGCCAUCUCCUCCGACACCCCUGGAGGAGGAGGUGGUUCUUGGGGCAGGAACCAUGCCAACACCGCCACGGCUGGACGGAAGGGAGGAACACGAGGAGGAAAAGGAGGAGGAGAUGGGAACAGUAAGCGGCCAGCCAAACCCAAGAAAACUAAGAACAGCAGCAUCGAUAGCAUCGAGUUUGAUGACGACCAUGAUCACAUGGACGCCUGCUUCAAGGACUCAGACUACGUUUACCCCUCUCUGGAGUCUGAAGAGGAUAACCCUGUCUUCAAAUCCAGAUCCAAGAAGAGGAAAGGCUCAGAUACUCCAUACAGCCCCACAGCGCGUGUCGGUCCAUCUGUGCUUCGUCAGGCGAGGCCGGCCAGAGAAGGAGCGCGAGUGGCGUCCAUAGAAACCGGACUGGCGGCUGCCGCAGCCAAACUCUCACACCAGAAGGAGCAGCAGAAGACCAAGAAAAAGCAGAAGAGCACAAAAAAGAAGCCCCCUCCUGCCGUGAGGGAGGAGGAGGAGGAAGAGGAGGAGCCAGUGAGGAAGCUGAGCAGGGACAGCAGUUCUCCAGAAGCAGACGCGGGCCGGGACUCCGAGCCAGGUCAGACCGACCAUGAAUACUCCUCUGGGGCAGGAGGGAAGCAUGCUGCGGGGCCCCAACCCAUGGCCCCUGGAGUCUUCCUUACACAGAGACGACCCUCCACAUUCCCAUCAUCUCACAACAAUAACAACAACAGCACCACAGCCAAGGGGGAGCGAGGAGCCGGAGGAGCAGGAGGAGCGGGCGGUGCAGGAAAGGGUGACGCAAAGGGCGAAGCGAAGCGGCUGAAGAAAGGCAUGGCGACGGCCAAACAGAGACUGGGAAAGAUCCUCAAGAUCCACCGCAACGGGAAGCUCCUCCUGUAACAGGAAGUGACUCGCCGAGGAGCAUUGCCAUUGGCUCCUGCAGUACUCUUAGCCUAUGAACUGACUCCGUCUCCAUCUCCUUUCCUGUGAUUGGUGCUGGGCUAACAGACAGACUGAAAAACAGUCAACAUUGGUUUUGCCUUUUACUUAAAAAAGUGUACAGAAUAAUUGCUAGAAAUAUUUUUUAAGAAAAAUAUGUCAUUUUACUACAGUCCGUUUGCGUUUAAACUAGGGCUUUCAGCCUAAACGACAACCUAUUCCCUUUAUAGUGCCCUGGUCACCAAUAAGGCCCUGGUCAAAAGUAGUGCGCUAUAAACGGAAUAGGCUGUCCUUUGGGACGCGGCCAGGAAGUACAUUGCAGUCCAGGACCCUGAAAGUAUCCCCUAUAUGUAUUCAGGUGGAUGACACUUAUGGGGGGGGG